UCCGUAGAGCUUCAGGACCAGCAUGGCAGCAGGUGUGGCGGCGUGGCUGCCGUUCGCCCGCGCGGCGGCCAUCGGGUGGAUGCCGGUGGCCGGCGCGCCCAUGCCGGUGCCCCCGAAGAGCAAGCCCCGCGGGAAGGACGGGCUGAUUAUGCUGAACGUGAGCGGCACAAAGUUUCAGACCUGGCGGGACACUCUGGACCGGUACCCGGACACCCUGCUGGGCAGCACGGAGCUGGACUUCUUCUUCCAAGAGGAGACCAACGAGUACUUCUUCGACCGCGACCCGGACAUCUUCCGCCACAUCCUCAACUUCUACCGCACCGGGAAGCUGCACUACCCGCGGCAGGAGUGCAUCUCCGCGUACGACGAGGAGCUCGCGUUCUUCGGCAUCAUCCCGGAGAUCAUCGGGGACUGCUGCUAUGAGGAGUACAAGGACCGGCGGCGGGAGAACCAGGAGCGGAUCCAGGACGACGAGGAUAUUGACCACAGCAACGACCUGGUCCCGGCGGACCUGAGCUUCCGGGAGACCAUGUGGCGCGCCUUUGAGAACCCGCACACCUCCACCAUGGCGCUGGUGUUCUACUACGUCACCGGCUUCUUCAUCGCGGUGUCGGUGCUCGCCAACGUGGUGGAGACGGUCCCGUGCGGUGCCUCGCCGCACCGCCUUAAGGACGAGCCGUGCGGCGAGCGGUACGCGCUGGCUUUCUUCUGCCUGGACACCGCGUGCGUCAUGAUCUUCACGGUGGAGUACCUGCUGCGCCUGCUCGCCGCGCCGAGCCGCUACAAGUUCGUGAAGAGCGUCAUGAGCGUCAUCGACGUGGUGGCCAUCAUGCCCUACUACAUCGGCCUCGUCAUGACGGACAACGAGGACGUGAGCGGGGCCUUCGUCACCCUGCGCGUCUUCAGGGUGUUUCGGAUUUUCAAAUUCUCGCGGCACUCUGCGGGACUUCGCAUCCUGGGCUACACGCUGAAGAGCUGCGCGUCGGAGCUCGGCUUCCUGCUCUUCUCCCUCACCAUGGCCAUCAUCAUCUUCGCCACCGUCAUGUUCUACGCUGAGAAGGGCUCCACGGCCAGCAAGUUCACCAGCAUCCCGGCGGCCUUCUGGUACACCAUCGUCACCAUGACAACGCUGGGGUACGGCGACAUGGUCCCAAAGACCAUCAUGGGGAAGAUCUUCGGCUCGGUCUGCUCUCUGAGCGGCGUGUUGGUCAUCGCCCUGCCGGUCCCCGUCAUCGUGUCCAACUUCAGCCGGAUCUACCACCAGAGCCAGAGGGCCGAGAAGAGACGAGCGCAGAGGGCAUCCAAGGAAGCAGGACAGGCAAUGGUGUGUAAGACCAAUCCCAAGUUCGAGGUGCAUCAUCAUCACCUUCUGCACUGUCUGGAGAAGACCACGAACCACGAGUUUGUGGAUGAGAAGACGUACGAGGCGAGCUGCAGGGAGGUAACUCUGGUGAAGCAGGUGUCUCACUCUUCCUCUGACUCGUCCUCUUCCUCACCUCAUGGCUUCACCUCCUGCUGCACCCGCAGGAAGAGGAAGAGCUUCAACGUCCCAAACUCCAACAUGUCUGUGGGUCAGCAGGGCAGCAUCCAGGAGCUGAGCACCAUCCAGAUCAGAGAGAGGCCGCUCACCAACAGUCGUUCCAGUCGAUCCAGCCUGAACGCCAAAUUUGAGGAGACACUUCCUCUGAACUGUGACCAGCCAUACAUCACCGCCGCCAUCAUCAGCAUGCCCGCGCCGCACGGCACCACGCGUGAAGGCAACGACUCAGCCGGCUCCACCAACUAUUCCCAGGCCAACAUCGUCCGGGUGUCCGCACUCUAGAUAACACCGUCCUGCACCAACACAGAAACACAACCCACCCAGCAGGACGAUCAGGGGUCAGGGAUCAGGGGUCGAUGGCCCCGCACCACAGAUGGGCGGGGGGGUUGGAUCACGAGUCCACGAUAGACGUGACUGGUUAGCAAAGCUCUCACGGAGGAAAACGUCUUUCUGUACGCACUAAAACUCAGCUAACCCGCCUUGGAUUGCAAUUUUUUUCUUUCGUCUUCUAGGAAGGAUUUGUGUCCAGCAGUCAAACUUCAGAAAAGAGAAAAUGGUGGCACUUUGGCUGACGACUGAUUUCAAGCGUCGCCAUAGCUAUUUUUCCAGUCUUGUCUAUGUCUUUAAAUUUGAUGUCUUAAAAGACAAACAAAGAUGACGCUAGAUUACUCAGUCUUGCAGGUUAAAGGGAAUGUCUGACAUUUUGGGAACCACACUGUUCUGGUAACAUCUUACAGUUUCAGAUGUGUUUAGUCCAGCGGAGCACAAAGAUCGGAGGCAGAGGGAAACUGCUAGCCUAGCUCCACCAAGAGAGGAAAGAAAUCACCUUCCAACAACUCCAAGCCUGUCUGAUUUCCUGAACCUGUUCUGGUACAACCCCUAAAUAGGAUUUUACACCUGAAAAUGAGCAGAAAACCACCUCUUUAAAGAAAACCAUCUAAAACCAAGCUAAGACAGUUUGAAGUAGGUUUUUUUUCUUUCAACGUUAGCUUUCACUGAGCCAGGCUCUCAGUUUACCCAACAUCUCACCUGUCUCUGGGUUUAUUAGCCCUGAUUCAGUCGUACUUUGUAUCACAGUCCUGGACAGCUUCUCAUUAAAAUUUCAGUUGGUCCGGUGCUCAGAAGAUUCAUAAUGCAAAGAAGGUUAAAGUCCAGGGCAGCUGCACUUGGUUGAAGAUAUCAGAAGACGUUUCGUCCCUCAUCCGAGAGACUUCUUUAGUUCUGACUGGCUGGUAGGGAAACUCAGCUAUUUAACCUCUGUGUAGUCGUUAGCUAGCGUCGGCGAUACGGCUGGUUCGUUAGUGUUCCUGUAGUAACGACAGUCGUCAUGGUUGUUAGAGCCAUCCGAGGCUGAACGACCAUCGUUGGCGUCUUCACCUGAGGCCAAGAGGAAAUGCUUGUUGAGUUUCCUGGGAAGUGAUGAAAGGACCGCAUUGUAAGAGGCAACUUAAGCUGAUGAUACAUGGUGCAACAUUUAGAGCAACGUUGCUGGGCAAUGUUCCCGUCAAUGGUAAUGAGUGCGCCACGCCACUAUCCGUGCAUAGUACAUAGUCCGAGUUGCUCAAAAAGUUGCCCUUGGUAUUAUCAGCUUUAGACCCCCUCCUCUGUUCAGCGACGGCUUCGCAACUCGGAUGUAGAAGCCGUCGCUGCCACGAUCCUGGCAAUCGACCGCGCAGAGGAUAAACAGCUGAG